AUGAACAGUUUUCGCCUCAUAUUGGAUGUGAGCGCUUCCUCUGCAUUAGCUACGAAGACAAUUCAAAGAAUAAACGUUGCUGGGCUCAAGCUGCUUCAUUCAGACCCGGAAAACUGCACUCCAACAGCUAUCACGAGAACACCAAGAGUAUUCUAUGGUUUAUGGGUGCGUGAUAGGUUGACGCUGCAGUGUGUGAAGUUGGUAGUGCAACCUGAAAAUUUUCAAAAUUUUGUAGCAGUCAAAGAUUUGUCAUUAGUAAAUGUUGAAUUUACUGGAAAUCUGCAUGAAUUUUUCACCUACUUCCGAGCGCUCAAAGUGUUGAAAUUAAUCGAUCUGAACAUCACAACUAUAUCUCCCACUGUAUUAUCUGGAAUCGAUGGAAAACUCGAGCAACUUAUGAUUGGCGGUGGAAAACGCGUUAUCGAACCCAAAUCUUUUGAAAAAUUUCAUCAACUGCAGAAUCUCACACUCCGCAAUUGUCAGUUAACUGAUCUACAAGUUGAUAUCUUCGAGGGCCUCGAACAAUUGCAUUAUUUGAAUUUAGGGAGCAAUGAAAUUAGUGUUUUAUGUAACGAUACAUUCAGUAAACUGACACAAUUGAGUGAACUUCAUUUAGAUGACAACAGAAUCAGUGAGAUCCAAGCUGAGGCCUUUUCUGGAUUGAAUCUCCGAACGAUCGAUUUGCGCAAUAAUAGCUUAACAAGUGUACCCGUUGGGGUUUUUCGAAAUCUAUUGGAUUUGGAGACUUUGAAUCUCGGACUCAACAAAAUCAGAACAGUGUCGUACAAUGAUUUUUGCGGAUGCAUUCAACUUCGAUGGCUGAAUUUGGAUUAUAACGAAAUAUACCAUAUAGACGCCAGUGCUUUUUGGGGUUUUAAUUUCAACAUUCUCGAUUUGAGCCACAAUAACUUGACUGUUCUAGAUGAUAAUACGUUCAUCGGCCUCACUGUCAGUGAUUUACUAGAUCUACGUGCCAACAAUAUCACACAAAUUAAAUCACAAGCAUUCAACAACUUGUCUGCUAAGAAGGUCUUACUUUGUCACCACAAUUCGACAUACGUUGGUAGAGAUAACUGGAGUGUGGAGGAUACAAUUACCGAGAUCGCUAUCUGUGAUUGUACGAGUACUGAGUACUCGUAGUACUCAGUACUCAGGUAUGAUUUUAACAGAGGGCAUUGUGUGUGCGAGACAGGUGGAAAUAUUCAAGCACCCAUGGAAUGGACAUCACUUGAAAAAGUAAUUGUUGAGAUUUAGAUAAAUCAUUUUUUAAGUAAAUUUAUGGUUCUUUUUUUUCAUCUUUUAUUAUAAGAAUCAACAUUAUAGCCUAUAGUAUUAUUGAACUACUCUUAGGAUAUGAUCAAGACUCGUAUUGGGAUAAUUUGUUUACGACAAGAAAGUGCGUUCUCAAACCAAGUCUAGUAGAAUCAACUUAUUUAAUAGUUAAUCAGUCUCUGAUCCAAACAAAAACCACUUGACUUGGUUUGGCAAGUCCCUUUCUUGUUAUAAACCAACUGCCCUCAUCUUUCGGAUAAGUACGAAAUCUCUUAACAAAAUUUUUGUCAAUAUCCAAGCCAACAUGGC